UCCACUUCCACCCCUGACCCUAAAAUUCCACCACCGAAAUCAUAUUACAGCCGCAGAACACAACACCUGAUCGAUCAAACUCUUCCGUCAUCCAUGAUGAAGCUUCUGCUCAAUUACUAACAACAGUUGAAAAGUAGUUGAGCCAGACAUCUACACUACUAUGAUUAGUAUAAGUUCUUAGGCCCCAAGGCCUAAAACAGAACGCAGGUACAACACUAGGGUGCGGUACAAGGUGGACCAAGUUUUCUCGUAACCACGCAUCAAUGGCAAAGUUGACCUGUGAAGACUAUCCGACACACAUCUUUGAUCUUCGUACCAAAAUCUAACUGUUUGAAUUGAAUGGAGUGAAAGUGAAUGAAAGAGCCUAGAGUUGGCGUGGUAGGUGCUCCCCACUUCUUUGGUGUUGCCGAAAAUUAAGAGUCACAUAUCACAACUACUUGGAGCACUUUGAACUUGUGUUUCUGUCGAACUUAGAACUUAGGACUUAGGACUGUUGGGGGGUCCGCAAUGGGGAGUGUGGAAUUGGAGCGGCGGGUGGUGGAGCUGGUGACGGCGGCGGGGAAGGGAAAGGAGGAGAGUCCAGUGAUUUGGGCGAUGGAGUUGGGCCAAUAUGUGGAGGCAGCGCCAAGCAUUCAGUUAGGGGAGGUUGUCGUGACCCAACUCUGUUUCCGGCAUAACAAACCUUGUCUCUGGAAGUUUAUCGACCUUUGUCUCUCCUCUGGUCUCCUCUCUCCUCUUCAUGUGCUCUCUCUCCUCUCUUCCAGAGUGAUUCCUCAACGGCGAUCCCAACCAGAAGCGUAUAAGCUGUUUCUUGAGCUUUUGCGGCGGUAUGCAUUUUCGUUUGGUUCAAUUGCUGGUGAUGGGCCUAAACAAAGGAUUGCAGAAUCAGUCGAUCUAGCUCUUCAACUUUCUGAGACUUACAAGGCUCCUGUUAUGGAGUAUGGACAUGCACUGGUCUUGUUCUUUUUCAAUACCAUCUACAGCUUGAUUGACAGCACCUUGGAUGAUUGGGGUUUGAAGAUGACAUCUAGAAAGAGACUAAGAUCAGCUUUUGGAGGUUCAAACAACCAUGAUAGUGAGACAGAUUCUAUAGGAAAUGAGAAUGUCAAAAGUGACAAAAAUCAGGAGAGGAUUAGGACAAAAAAUUCCUUUCUGGCCAUAGAGGUGCUGGGAAAUCUAACUGAAAGCAGAAAAGCUUUGGUUCUGCUUCGCCUUGUUCACUUGAAUAUGCCUGAAAAUUUCAAGGGCCUCUUGCAGAGGCUACGGUUUCUUGAAGCUCGUCAAUUGCCAUCCUCAGAUUUGAACUCUGUGGGACAACUAUUGGCAAGAUUGUCAGGCAAUAUCAUGAGAGUCGUGGGCUUUGAAUACCAGAUGAAUAAGCACCAGCUCAUUGGAAUGCUUCUUGAUAUUGGCUCUCAGAAGCCAAAAUUUUCCUGUAUCUCUGGAUAUGGUCCUUUUACUUGUUGGGUUCCUUUGGAUAUAUACAUGGAGAAUGCAAUGGAUGGCAAACAGCUCUCUAUUAAAUCAGCUAUCAAUAUACUUGCAGAAGGAAUUAUGACGCUCCAAGUAAUUAACCAGGCUAGCUGGCAAGAAACCUUCCUAGCACUAUGGCUCUCAGCCCUUCGGCUAGUGCAACGAGAACGUGAUCCUCUUGAAGGCGCUAUACCACAUCUUGAGUCACGUUUUUGUAUCCUUUUGUCUAUUGUCCCCUUGGCAAUUGCUCACGUUUUGGAGGAUGAGGCCAACUUGAAUUCCUCGUCACUUAAUGAUACAACUUCCAGGAAUGUUGAGAACGGAGAUGGACAUGAAAUGAACAGCAAAGUAAGUACUUCAAGAAAACAUGGACUGAUAUUUUCUCUCAAAGUCCUUGGGAACUUCUCUGGUCUUCUAUGCCCUCCUUCAUCAGUCUCAGAUUCAGCAAAUAGUGCAGCAACAAAAGCAGCUUGCUUUAUACAUGAUUACAACAAUGAAAAGGAUACAUCGGGUGGAGGCAGCUGCGGUGAUACUUGUAUAAAAGCAGGUGGUGACAUGAGGCACCUCAUUGUGGAAGCUUGCAUUGCGAGAAAUUUGAUCGAUACAUCAGCAUAUUUUUGGCCUGGGUAUGUGUCUGCAUCCAUGAUCUCACCAUUGAAUACAUUGCCAGUUAAAAGGUCCCCAUGGUCAACAUUCAUGGAAGGAGCACCAUUGAGGGAUGCCCUUAUAAACUCUCUUAUCAUGACCCCUGCUUCAAGUUUGGAAGAGAUUGAAAAGUUAUAUCAUAUUGCUCUAAAUGGGUCACCAGAGGAGAAGACGGCAGCAGCAAAGAUCCUCUGUGGUGCAUCACUCAGAAGUGGAUGGAACAUUCAGGAACAUGUGGUGCGCUUCGUGGUUAUGCUUCUUUCUCCUCGUGUACCUCCCAAUUAUACUGGACCAAGUUACUUAAUUGAUCAUGCGUCAAUGCUGAGUGCUAUCCUUUUAGGAGCUUCCACUAUUGAUACAGUUCAUAUCCUUUCAUUGCAUGGUAUGGUCCCCCAAGUGGCAGGUUCUUUAAUUCCACUAUGUGAGGAACUUGGGUCACUUAAGCCUUCAUUAAAUAAAAAGUCAAGCAUGGAUGAUGAGUCCUCGAUUCACAUGGUUUUUUCUCUAGCAUUUCUUUUUCUUCUUCGUCUAUGGAAAUUUUAUAGACCACCUCUUGAGCAAUACAUUGCAGAGAGAGGAGGAGUAGUAGGAGGUGAGCUGACUUUGGAGUAUCUUUUGAUAUUGCGGAAUAGCCACACUGCCUCUGCCUGGGAUGAAACAAACAACACAUCUCAUCGAUAUGAAUCAGCAUCUGAAAGACCAAUAUACAUUGAUUUAUAUCCAAAACUACAAGCUUGGUAUAGGCAAAACAAAUCUUGUGUAGCUUCAACACUUUCUGGUCUCACCAGUGGAAAUCCUGUCCAUGAAGUUGCUAAUAAAAUUCUGAGUAUGAUCUACUGGAAAAUGUCUAAAAGUAGAUCCCUAUCAAGUAAUUCUCCUGCACCAUCAAGCAGCAGUGGGAGCCACUCCCCUGUAGAUGUUGGGGAGGAUGUGAAACAGAGAUCCAUGCUUCCUGCAUGGGAUGUGUUGGAAGCCAUUCCUUUUGUUCUCGAGGCUAUUUUGACUGCUUGUGCCCAUGGCAGGCUUUCAUCUCGGGACUUAACCACUGGCUUGCGAGACCUAGUUGAAUUUUUACCUGCUUCUCUUGCUACUAUCAUCAGUUACUUCUCUGCAGAAGUCACUCGUGGUAUAUGGAAACCAGUUCCUAUGAAUGGAAUAGACUGGCCUAGUCCAGCAGUGAUUCUUAAUUCGGUCGAAUCUGAAAUAAAAGAAAUACUUGAGGCUGUUGGUGUCAGUGCUCCAAGCUGUCUCACUGAGAUUUCAACUAUAAUGCUACCCCUUCCCCUAGCUGCUCUUGUGAGUUUGACAAUUACUUUUAAACUUGAGAAGAGUUCUGAAUACAUUCAUGCUGUUGCUGGGCUAGCCUUGGAGAACUGUGCAUCAGGUUGCCCUUGGCCUAGCAUGCUUAUCGUUGGCUGUUUGUGGGCUCAAAAGGUUCGCCGCUGGCAUCAUUUCAUUGUUGUAGCAUGUUCUCGCUCUGUAUUUAUACAAAACAAGGAUGCCGUUGCCCAGCUCCUUAGAAGUUGCUUCUCCUCCUUUUUUGGAUCCCACAACACUUCAACCUCUUUGUUGUCCAGCCAAAUCAGUGUGAGUGGUCUUUUGGGUUAUACUAUCACAGGCUGUAGUGCCCGUCCUUCUGUAGCACCCGGAUUUCUAUACCUUCGCUCUUGCAGGACGAUAUCGGUUGUUCAAUUUAUCAAUGAUGUGAUUGUAGAGCUUGUUGCAGAGCAUGCUUUAAAAUUAGCCUCUAAUUGGGCAAGCACAGACUCGCCUCGCUUGAAUUCUACCCAAGCAUCACUGUCUCUGGUUAUUUCCAAGGCAAAGGAAGCAGCAACCCUUGGUGCAUGUCUCAUAUGUGUUGCAGGUGGUGUCCGGCUGGUCCAAACAUUGUACCGUGAUACCAUUCCAACCUGGUUACUCUCUCCGAAGAAAGAGAAGCUUGGCCAGGCAAGUUCUGUAUCGGGUGUAAUGGAGGGUUAUGCCAUGGCAUAUCUGGUGAUUCUGGCAGGUUCAUUUGAAUGGGGAUUUGAAGACAAGCUGCCAGCAUGGGCACUCUCUAGAAGAGCCAGCAUUGUUGGGAUUCACAUGAAUUUUCUGGCAGGGGUUUUAGAGGGAAACAUGUCACUUGGUUGUGAUCCGGCUACUUGGAAAUCUUAUGUUUCUUGUCUAGUGGGAUUAAUGGUAAACUUUGCGCCAAUGUGGAUUAAAGAUGUGAAGGUGGAAACACUAAGGAAAUUGGCCGGCGGGUUAAGGGGAUGGCAUGAAUGUGAGUUGGCCCUUUCUCUUCUUGAAAGAGGUGGGACUUCUGCCAUAGGGUCUGCUGCAGAACUGGUAAAUGUAUUGAACUGAGGUUUGAUUUCAAACUUAAAACUUAAUGAUGUAGAUUUUGGUAGUCUUCAUUGAAAGAGCGAGAGGGUAGAAAGUUGUGUAGUUAGCUGUGGAUGGUUUGUCUACCUGCUAUCUUGAUGUUCAAGCAGUCAACUUUGAUACUCAGGAAUGGUAUAACCACUGUACAAAGGAAUUUGGAAACCAAAAAAAGGAAUUUGGAAACCAGUAGGCUGACUGCGAUGUAGCUUAAAGUUCAACUUAAUGUUCGUUUUGGUUUGUUUCA